AUGAAUCUCUUUUCUCUCGCAGGUAAAACCGCCUUGGUCACCGGAGGCACGAGAGGCAUCGGCCAGUCUAUUGCAGUUGGUCUUGCUGAGGCUGGGGCAGAUAUAAUCCUCUUGCAACAAGAUACAAAUGAUACUGGAACCAAGUCCAUUGUGGAGAGCCUGGGUCGCAGUUGCAAAGUUCUCAAGGCAGAUCUGAGUGAUAGAAAGGAUGUCGCUGGCCUUGUGGACACCAUCACAUCCCAGAGUCAAGUUGAUAUUCUUGCCAAUGUAGCUGGCAUCAUGCGUCGGUUUGAUGUGGUUGAUCAUCCAGACUCAGAGCUAGACAUUCUGAUGGAGGUCAACUUCAACACCACCUUCAUCAUUUCGAGGGACAUGGGGAAAUACUGGAUCAACAACAAGAUAAAGGGGCGUCUCAUCAACACAGCCAGCAUCAAUUCUUUCCGGGGCGGGAUUAAUGCGGCAGUUUACUCAGCGACCAAGGGUGCUGUUGCGCAACUGACGAGGGCGAUGAGCAAUGAAUGGGCCCCAUUGGGAAUCCGAGUCAAUGCUAUUGCCCCUGGAUAUGUUGCUACAGAUAUGAACACAGACACUCGGUCAGACCCAUCAUAUUCUGAAGCUGCGGCGAAAACUAUUCCCAUGGGAUUUUGGGGGAAGCCGGAAGACUUCAAAGGACCAGCUAUUUUCCUUGCUUCCGAGGCAAGUUCAUAUGUGACGGGAGAAAUUCUGAUGGUUGAUGGAGGCUGGAUGGCCAAGUAG